AGUCAUUGGUUUGGUUUUCAUCUCAUUCUGGUUUUGGGAAAGGGAAAUACAAGCGAAGCAGUCACGUAGUCACAAUAAUUUUUGUGUGCAAAAUUUACCACUUUCACUUGAUUUUUUCAUGGUUUGCCAAAAACUUUUAAAUGUGUAGUGUCGUACAAACAAUUUCAUCUGCGAUUUCUUAAAUCUACAAUGGGCACAAACAACUUACAAAUGGCAUUUAAAAAUUCUUGUGUUGUGUUUAUAAUUUUCGCUCUUGCGAUAGUUCGGGCGGUAAGUUACGACACGGAGCUGUAUGGAAAGGAGAGUUGUGAUAGCAAUGUGUGCUUUGAGGCCUUACAUGGAGCUCUGGGCGACUGCUCGUGUAAUGUCGACACAAUAGAUUAUUUCAACAACGUAAAGAUAUUCCCCCGGAUACAGAGCUUGGUAAGCAAAGACUAUUUUAGAUUCUACAAGGUCAAUUUGAAAAAAGAAUGCCCUUUUUGGGUAGACGACAGUAGGUGUGCUAUGAAGUACUGCCAUAUAAAAACUUGCUCCAAAGAAAGUGUGCCUGGAUAUGCAAACGGUUAUGAGAAUGAUCAUGAAGAUGAGUCUCCUGUUACGAAGUAUACAAAAGAAGGUCAAUCUGACUGCAGUUCUGAUGCAGAUCAUGAUCCAGACUUAGGCUAUCUGAAUAUGACUAUCAGUGCAGCAAGUCAAUAUGAAAUUGCAAAGUGGAAGGCUUACGAUGAUGCUCUAGAGAAAUUUUGUGAAAAUGACGAUAGGGAUGCUGAAGCAGAAUAUGUUGAUUUGUCUCUGAACCCUGAGAGGUAUACUGGUUACAAAGGCCCAUCUGCACAUAGAAUUUGGAGAAGUAUAUACCAAGAGAAUUGUUUCCGUCCCAAAAUUAACCCUUAUGAAUCCUUUCCAUAUGUACUCAGUUCAGAUUUGAGUAACAUGUGUUUAGAGAAAAGGGUAUUUUAUAGGGCAAUAUCAGGUAUGCAUACAAGUAUUAACAUUCAUCUGUGCUCUAAAUAUUUGCUCUCUGAAAAAACUGCUGGGUUUACUGUAUCCCCUGAAGGGGAGUGGGGACCUAAUCUUGAGGAGUUCCAGAGGAGAUUUGACCCGUCACAAACUCUAGGAGAAAGUCCUAAUUGGUUGAAAAAUCUUUACUUUGUGUAUCUUCUUGAAAUGAGAGCAUUAGCAAAAGCUGGACCCUACUUAGAAAGAGAAGAGUAUUUUACUGGAAAUCCUACUGAGGAUGAAGAGACGAGACAAGCAAUUCGUAACAUGAUCGGAGUUAUAUACACAUUUCCCGACCAUUUCAAUGAGUCUUCCAUGUUUAACGGAGGCAGUCAGGCGGCGAACUUGAAGAAUGAGUUCCGUGAACACUUUUGGAAUAUUUCGAGGAUAAUGGACUGUGUGGGGUGUGAUAAAUGUAAGCUCUGGGGAAAACUGCAGACACAGGGUUUGGGGACUGCACUAAAAAUUUUAUUUUCGGGCAGAUGGGAUAGCCCUGAAGGUGACCCGGAGCAGGGCAAGCUUCCAUUAAGACACAAGUCACAAAGGUUACAGAGAACAGAAAUUGUAGCUCUUUUUAAUGCAUUUGCGAGACUGUCAAAUAGUAUACGAGAAUUGGAGAACUUCAGGAUAAUGCUCAGUGCAAACAAAGAGACGAAAAAGAAACCAGCCAUCUUCGGUGGUGUUCCUGAUAGAUCGAGUAAUAAACCAACAGACAAGUCAAGUAUUAGCCUGAAGAAGGGCCAUUGUACGUCGGGAGGAUCAAAACCGGGACUAGGGAGCUAAGUUAAGAUAUAAAGAUAAGAUUUGUGUGUUGAUCUAAAAUGGAGAUACGAAAUUAUACAUACAUGCAUGGAUGUAUACUGGUCUACAUGAAAACGGUACUUUAAAAGUUUAUUAUAGAAAGUAACGGUAUUUGACAAAUACGGAUACUUUAUCCUUAGUGUAUAUAUGCCGUGUGGUUCCCGGCACCAAUAGAAAAUAGAAAAGGUCCACUCCAUCUCUUUCCACGUGGAUGUCGUUAAAGUCGACUAAGGGAUAGGCUUAUAAACUUGGGAUUCUUCUUUCAAGCGACAGGAUAGCAACCUGUCUCUAUUUGAAUCUCAAUUCUAUCAUUAGGCCAAACAACAGAACGUCAGUCAGUCUUUUUAAGACUGUUGGUCCAGUCUACCUCGCAAGGGAUAUAGACGUGAUUAUUGUAUGUUGUGUAUAUAUUUUAAAAGAAAACGUUCUUUUUUUUAUUUCCUAGUUUUAUGUGGACAUGUAACUUUAAAUUGUUUUUUAUAUUCGGUCUCCAUAUUAGAUCAAUUAGUUUCUGAUCAUCACAAGACUUAAUUUAUUGAAACCCAGUGAGGUGUUGAGCUUAAUUUAUUUAUUUGGGUGAAGCUGAAUAUUGUUAACCUGCUUAUAGGGUAAAAUUUUAUAUUGAUUGACAUUGAUUGUUUUUGAUUCUAUAUAAAUCGAUUAACAAGUGAAAUUAUGACGAUGAUAAUCAUCGUCAAAUGGACUCGAUUUAAGAAUUUUCGUAGCAAUUUUACCUUAUAAAUUAACCUGCUCGAUUAAGUAUUUCUUAACAAUAAAACUUAAAUCGUUUUAGGAUGCAGGUGGGAACAUAAUAUUAAAAUGUAUGUUAAACGGUGCAUCUUUCCCUUCAUCGUAAAAGCAUUAGCACUUGUGACAUUUUGUCAUUGAUUGCUUGCUUAAAAUCAAUAUCCUUAUCAGUUAAAGUAUCGUUUACAACCGUGUGUGUGUUUUUUUUAUCAUGCAAAAUGAAUUUCCACGUGUCCUUUGUUGGUACGUCAGGGUUUGAACAACAGAAAAAUAAUUAUGCAGUAUUGUAACAUUUUCACGUUUUUUUUUGUUGUUGUUGUAACGCGUUGUUGCCAAGAACAAUGGAUACGGUUGUGUCAAUACAGAUGAACAAACGAUGAUGUUUGACAGUAGGGAAAGUAAAUACAUUUGUGACUGAAACGGAUCUUGAUUUAGAAAUUACUGGCGAUUUGGUACAUUUGGUUUUUUAGUUACCUACUAACUGAUGUUAUAUAUUUUUUCGGGUUACAACAUUUUGUUUCUGUUAAUUCCUUGCUAGAAGCGUGAAAAAACUAUGUCUUAUGUUUAUUAUUCAUAAGAAUUGAACUGUUCAAUAAGCAGUUUGCGCGCUGAUAUUCGAUAAUAUAAUGUCAAUCAUAUAAAAGGUUUCGUAUGCAAUAUUCAGCUUGACCUGAACUUAAAAAGUAAGAUGUAAAAAUAACUAAUUACGGAAUAAGGCCGGAACUUAAGUCUGUCAGCUAAGCGGGACAGCGUUAUAGUUGUAGUAGGUAUAGUAUAUAAAUUUAUAUAUAUAAUGUUUAAAACAUUUUGGAAGACUAGACUUGAUUAUUGAAUAAAUGAACAUAUUUCUAUUAAAAGUCAUUGUAUUUUAAAAUAUAUCUUUGUAGAAAUUGAACAAAAAAUGUGUCACAACUUUUUAUUAUUUUUAUAGCUUUAGUUGCUUUCGGGGCUUCAUUCACGUUUGUCACAAAUUCCAAGUAAAUUAAUUUCUAGAUAAAUUGAAAAUUGGUAAAUUAAAUACGAGUAGGUCAAAAUGACUAAAAUAACUUUCCAUCAAUAUUAUUAAGUAUGAAUUACAAACUAAGAUGACGAUAAUCUCGCGAAAUAGAAUAUUAUUUUUUUGAUUAUUUACGAUUUUGUUUUGUUUAUUUUAUUUACUGGCGAAAUGCAAAACUUUUUUAUUUGGCAGACUAAUGAGAUUACUAAUAUGUCAUUAGAGGUCAUAAAAAGCUACCUUUAUCAGUUUUGAUCUGUUAUAGAUUGCAUAAAAUUCUAAACAGCUAUCUCU